UUAAAAAAUGAACAUAUAUAUUUUUAGAAAUUGUUAAUAAUGCCAAAACGAACUGAAAUUGGUGUUAUUCCUGAUAAUUUAAGGCGCGAGGAAACCAUUGUUCAAAUAUCAGAAGCCCUUGAUAAUCUAGAUUCUGCUGUUAAUUAUAUAUUUGAAUCUAUUGAUAAGAGACUCUUAGAAAAUGGUCGAAGGUUGUCAAAUGUUAAAGAUAGAGCUACAAAACUUCAAAAUUGUUUAAAAUAUUUGCAAACUAACUUAAAUUUAAAAGCUGUAAAAAUGUAUUCUGCUGCAAGAUAUCCUGCUCGUCAUACAUACAAGGAAUAUGAGUUAGCUGUACCACCUCAAUGUGAGGAUAUCAACAAAAUACCAAAAGUUUAUAAAUGUUCUGUACCUAUAAAAGAUGUUCCUGAAACAUAUUUAUCUUCUAAUUGUAAAACAGAAGAUGGUCAAUAUAUGGCAAAUAACAAUUUGCAAGAAAAGCUACAAUUUUAUCAUGUUCGAUCUAAAUUUAAUAAAGAUGAUUAUACAGAUAACAGAGAAAUGACAUUUCCUUUUCAUUUGUCUUCAAUUAGUGCAUUGUUGCUGAAUAGUGUGGAUAAUCCAUAUAAGAUACCUACAAAACAAAUUUCUCAUAAAUUAAGCAACAAACAACAAAUAGAAGAUGCACCAGAUUCAAUUAUACAACCAUGGUUAUCAUCAGAUAUGGAUUUAUCUAGUAGUUAUUUAUAUACACCAACUUUAGGCGAGGUACCGCAGAUAAAUGUACCAUCAACACUUCCAGAUCUACCUGGAAUCGUAGACGAUGAAAAAUUUGCUUUAGAUCUCAAUUAUCAAAGUCCUAUUGCACCCUCUUCAGCAGUAACCACGCCUACUAUUCGUAUGGAUCUUCCAACUCCAACAUCAACAAUAGAUGAGAAGGAUUCGACUACAAAAGUGGACCAGACUAUACCAAAUCUGCCUGCCUUCGUUGAUAGUGAUUUUCCAAAAGAUUCUACAGAACCUGUUCCACCACCGCCUCCACCAUCAUUAGUUUCAUUGAAUCAGUCAAUUUCAGCUUUCUCGAGUUCUGAGGCCGAUCGUUGUUCGUCAUUAGUAUCAUCGUCAUUAGUUCCUUCGAUUCCACCCCCCCCCCCACCGCCGCCACCACCGCCACCACCACCACCUCCACCACCUCCACCGCCUCCACUACUACCAGCCCCAGUUCUGUCUGAGACUACCGCUCCUGAGUCUCAAAUUAAAGAUUCGGGAAAGAAGAAAACUGUUGAGGAUCGAGGUAAAACAGCUAAGCUAGACGAUCGAUCAAAUUUGAUGGCAGCAAUCCGUAACGCUGGUGGCAUAGGAAGAGCGAAAUUGAAACACACCGUACCGCCAGAGGAAGGAGGAAAUCGUUGGGCUUCUGCAUCUGUUGGAGGAGAUUUAAUGGCUGAUUUACACACGAAAUUGGCGCUCAGGAGAAAAGGAAUCGCUGGAUCUGGAGGUAGUGCUCUAGAAAGGAUGUCCAGCUUGAUUCCUCCGCCUCCUAAACCGACCGAUGCAGCUACAUCGGAUAGAAACUCAGCCACUAGCGAGUAUGAUUCUCAACCAGAUACCGAUGACUGGGACGAGUAA